GAAUGGAGAUGGGUAAAGAGUUUUGCUCGUAUAAAAGUCAUUUUAUCAAUCAUGAACAUGUAAUUUUAUAAGAAAAAUAAAUAUAAAAAUAUAUAUUAUAUUUUAUUUAUUUUAUAUAUAAAUUUACCGCUUCAUUUUUCUAUUUACUAGGUAAAAAAGAAUAUAUUUAAUUUUUUUUAUUUUCUUUUUUUUUCUAAAUGAAAAAAAAAAAAAAUAUAUAUAUAUGCGACGUAUAUAUGUAUAUUACUUUCCUAAUUUUAUUAAUACUUUGUUUCAUGAAACAAAAUAUUAAUAAUUAACAAUUUUGUGAAUUAUUAUACUCAUCUUUAUGGAAAGAAAAUGACAAUAGAAUGACAAUUUAGUAUUACAUAUAUAUGUAAAUGCUAAUAUAGCGAGGAUUCAUCGCAGAUUUUAUAGUUGGUUUCAUAUGACAUUUAAUAAAUGACCAAAAAGAUAUUUAUUUACCUAUAUAUAAAUUUUUACGUUUAACAUAUUUUGUAUAAGAAAAAUCUAGGUAUAAUUCAUGUAAUAUUUUUAAGUGUAUUAUUCUUGCGUAAGUGUAUACUUACAUAUAAUAUUCCUCCUUGAUAGUGAGUCUUCCACUGGCUAGCAGGAAUAUUAAAAAAAGAAGAUUAUUCUUACUGCAAUUUGAAUGAAUAAAUAAAAUCAGACGCAAGUUGAAAAGCGGAGAAAAGGCAUAUAUUUGGACCAUUAGCAAAAUUUAAUGUGACUGUAUAGUAAUACCAGACACGAUAUACCAGGGAAAAAAAAAAAAAAAAAAAGUUAAACCAUUGUUUCGAAUAUGGCAACUGUAAAGAAAUGUCUUAGUAAAGAAAAAAAAACAAAAUUCCCUAUUUUCUUGAAUAUUUAUGUAGUUACCCUUCUGAUUUGGACAUUACAAUGUUUUAAUAAUAAUUGUUUUUUGAAUAAGUCCUGUAAAGGCAAUGGCAGCUACUACAAUGCGGAUGGAACGUCGCUUAAAAGAGUCAAAAACAGAAGCUUAGGACAACGGGGGGGAAGUUUCUUUGGCCCCGAAAUGGAGAUUCUAAAAGAUACAGUUGUAAAUUACCUGUUACGUAAUACUAAAAAAAACAAUAAUGAUGAUAGAAAGGAAAUGAAACCAGAGGUGGUGGAGCCAAGAUACGAUCAUCCUCCUCCAAGAAACUAUCGUGACCAUCAUUACCACAAUGGACAUGAAGACAUUAGAGCACAUGACAAUUAUGAUAUAAGAGAUGGACAUGUUCAUGGUAAGCAUAAUCGCCAAGGUCCUGAAGUAAUGUCAUAUUACAUACCAGAAGGGGGAUCGGAUAAAGAACGAAUGAUACAGCCUGUAUAUUAUCCAACGCAACCAGCACCACAGAGAAUGCGUUAUAAUGAUAAUAGCAAUACCUCCAUGAUAAGUUAUUUAAAGCACUUCCUACUAGAGCAGCAGUUAUUUGCUUCGCCCGUUUUAAAUAAAAUGGCCCCAGUCUUUUUUUUAAUGUUUCUUUACUACGUAAUAUCGGCUAUAAUAAGCAAUUUCCGUCAUAUUAUAGCGCUCUAUUUCCUGGCCAAAAUAGUGAAAUUGCACUAUAACAGUAAUAAUUAA